AUGGCACCUAAAAUGCAGUAUGUUCGUCUCGGCAACUCGGGCUUAAAGGUGUCCAAGAUCAUCCUCGGGUGCAUGUCAUACGGUCACCCCGGCUGGCAAAGCUGGGUCCUCGGCGAGAAGGAGGGUAUUGAGCAUGUGAAGUUUGCGUACGAGCACGGUAUCACCACUUUCGAUACCGCAGAUGUGUACUCGAACGGCCUCUCAGAGAUCAUUCUCGGAAACGCCAUCAAGCAGCUCAACCUUCCUCGAGAGGAGCUCGUCAUCAUGACCAAGAUUCACUUCGCGAUUGCACCAGAAUUUGGCACCAACACCAUUAUCAAUGACCCGGCCGAGAUGGGCAUCAUCAACCAAAUAGGCCUCAACCGCAAGCACAUCUUCGACGGGGUCAAGGCGAGCUUGAAGCGGCUGCAGUUGGACUACAUCGACGUCCUCCAGUGCCACCGCUUCGACUACGAGACGCCGAUCGAGGAGACGAUGCAAGCCCUGCACGACGUCGUCCAAGCAGGAUACGUUCGCUACAUCGGCAUGAGCUCCUGCCACGCCUACCAAUUCAUCCAGAUGCAGAACUACGCGAUCACGCACAACCUGACGCCGUUCAUCUCGAUGCAAAACCACUACUCGCUCGUGUACAGGGAGGAAGAGCGCGAGAUGUUCCCGUCGCUGAAGAUGUUCGGCGUCGGGUCAAUCCCGUGGUCCCCCCUCGCGCGCGGCCUGCUCACUCGCCCCGUCGACUCGUCUUCCAAGCGCGGUGACGUCGACCGAUUCAUCGGCAAGUACAAGAGCGAGGCGAACAUCCAGAUCGUCAACCGGGUGGAGGAGCUCGCGAAGAAGAAGGACGCAAAGAUGGCGCAGAUCGCGCUCGCGUGGACGAUGGCGAAGGUCACCGCGCCCAUCGUCGGCACGACGAACCUCUCGAACCUCGAGGAGCUGCUUGGCGCACUCGACAUCAAGCUGUCCGAGGAUGAGAUCAAGUACCUGGAGGAGCCGUACAAGCCGAUGGAGGUCACUGGCCACACCUGA